AUGUACUUUAGUGGUUUAUUCUUGAGUUUGCUUUGGCUGACCGGCGCGGUUGAGGCCGGAUGGUUUUCCAAAAGUAAGGUGCGCGAGAUUUCCGCGAGAAAUUUCAAUGCAGACGUCAUUAAGAGCGGGAACGUCUCUAUGGUGCUCUUCUAUGAGCCAUGGUGUCCUCACUGCAAGGAUACUGCUCCUGAGCUGAAGAAGUCCGCCAAGGCUCUCCAAGGAUUGGUGAAUGUUUUUGCUGUCAAUUGCCAGUUGGAUGUGAACAAAGAACUCUGUGUUAGCCAAAAGAUCGAGAAACUGCCGACCAUCAAGGCCUUCCAGCCCGCAAAGUUGACUGACGUUGAUUUCAAGGACGUCGUUGAAGGCAAACCUCUCAAGCUUAAGAAACCGCGCGUAUUCAGCUACAAUGGACAGCGUGAGGCCAAGGCUUUCAACAAGUUCGCGACCUCCAAAAUCCGCAAUUAUGCUGCCUCCCUCGCCAACGAGAACGCUAUCAGCUGGUUCAAACUGAACAAGAUCCCUCGUGUCAUUAUGUUGCCUGGCAGUAAAUACAAGUCGAAGUCCAUUGCCCCUCUUUUCAAGGUUUUGUCCAACGAUUACUUUGGUAAACUGCGCUUCGCUUAUGUCCCCCGACGUGUUGAUGGUGCGUGGAGUUUGCUGGGCUUGCCGGCAGUCGAGCAGUCCCAGCUGGUGUACAUGUCCGACGAUAAAGAGCCUGUUGUCUAUCUGGGUGAUCUCCACAAGCGUGCUGUCAAGAAGUUCAUUGAUGAGCAGUACAGUCUUGAGAUGACUCGUCGUCAACAGCGCGAUUUGCCGUUGGUCCCUGAUCGUGAGGAAGCUGCCAAUGGUCUCGAAUGGAUAAUUGAGGAUGCCCAAGAGGAAGAAAUGGAGCACGUCAAGUCUGCCCGUGAGGAGAUUGAGGCCGAUCAUAUUUACGUCAAGCUCUCCCAGGCCCAAGCUGAAGAAGAACUCCGUAAGGAGCGUGCCGAAGCCGCCGGUAAAAAGUACGUUCCGCGUGAAAUCAACGAAGAGAAGAUUCGGUCUGAGCUCGAAGAGAAGCGCUCUUCACUCUCGGCUGAAGUUUCAGUCGCCAAGGCUAAAGCGACCGCCGAAGCUUUGGGUCUCAAAGAAGGCGAAGAGAUUACUGAGGAACAACGCAUCAUUCUUGAUGGUGAGGUUGCAGAAGAAUUUGUCUAUGACGGCCCUCUGGAUGACACUGCCGAGGCACUGCCUGUAGAAGAUGUUGAAGUCGACGAGGAAGCUGCUAACAUCGAUGACUCUGAUGAUGCUCAGGAAUCCGUUGAUGCUAUGCUUGACGAAAUCGAUAUCGACCUCUUGCCUAACGAGGUUGUUGAAGAAGGCCCCGAGGCUAUUUCGUCCUACCAGGCUAAGAUGCUCUCGCUGCAAGCCGCUCAGAGCAAGUCUGCGUCCGGCGCUGCAAAACCCAAGGUGACUCCAUCUGCCAAACAACGCAAGCACGAUUACCUUGAGUCCAUUAGUGACGUUGUCCGCAACUGCAUUCGAUCUAACAAACUUUGCCUUCUCAUGGCUACCAAUCAAGAGUUUGCCGAUGACGACAAGCAGAAGCUGUUGAUUGCCCGCUCCAAGAUCUCUGGCAUCACAAAUGAGAAGCUUAUUUUCAACUACUUCCGUUACGACGACAGUGAGGAGCUGAAGGGUAUGUACGAUAAGCUUGGCUUCAAACCCCAAUAUUUCCGCAUUUCUCGUACCGACAAGAAAACCGAGGUUCCUCAGGCUAUGGUCGCGAUUUUCGACUAUGAAAAGGGUAAAAUGGCUCACAUGACUGCCGAAUACACAGACGCACACAUCAUCAAACUCAUCGUCGACUACUUUAAUAAAAAAGUUACAACUGCGCCCAUCCCCAAGGAAUAUCGCCUUAUGGUCACCAAAGAGGAUAUUGAGCUGCUGGGUACUCUUGACGACGAGGAAGAGGGUCAUGACGAGCUUUAA